CCUUGUGGCUAAAGGGAUCAGGGGGCAUGGGGAGAAGGCAGGUACGGGAUACUGAGUUGAAUGAUCAGCGAUGAUCAUAUUGAAUGGUGGUGCAGGCUCGAAGGGCCGAAUGGCCUACUCCUGCACCUAUUUUCUAUGUUCAAUGCUGUGCAGAAUUGGUUUCAUGGGAGUGUGUUUUUCAGACUGGAGCCCUGUGACUAGUGGUGUUCCUCGGGGAUCGGCGCUGGGCCCAUUGCUGCUUGUGGUUUAUGUGAACAAUAUUGAUGAGAAGUUACAAGGCAUGAUUAGUAAGUUUGCAGAUGACUCUAAAGUGUAUGGUAUAGUAGAAUGGUCCCGACCCGAAACAUCACCUGUCCAUUUCCCCUCACAGAUUCUGCCUGACCCACUGAGUUAUUCCAAAGAUUUGUCUGAAUCGUCUUGGGAAACCAUUGAUGACGGUGCAAUGUUCCUGCUUUGAUCUGGCCCACAAUUGUGUUCAGCCCCUUGUGAAUUCAGCAUGAGUAGGCUGGGCUUCCAGGCUUGGGACCCGGUAGUUAUCCUAUUUAAGGGCAGACCGUGCAGUGUUUGUUGCAGCGGCCGCUGAGCAAGAUGCCCGCGAUACGGCUGCUGGUGUUGUUGGGCUUGUUGGCGGCGGCAGCACAGGGCGACUGGUCUCCCCCGCUUUUCAACCUGAGCCUGGAUACGCCGCCCUCCCAACGCUGGGAACCGCUGCUCAACAAAUACAGCCCCGCACGUCUGAAGCACGAUAUGGAUCAAGUGGUCCGCACUGUUGCUCCAAUGUGGGCGGUUACAAUUAUUAAUAUGUUAGCACCUGUGCUGAGCUACAUGUUGCCACAGCCCUAUGGCGAAGAAAUUGAAGGAAUAUGUAAAUUUCUUGGAGUCACCCUCGGAGAAGGACUUCUUAUCAAUUAUGCCUAUGAAGCUCUUGGAGCUUGCACUAGCAUUGUUGUACAAGACUCAAGAGGAAUGAUUAUCCACAGUAGAAAUAUGGACUUCCCAUUCACUGACAUUUUAAGGAAUGUCACAAUUGACAUACAAUUUGUAAAGAAUGGUCAGAUUGUCUACAAAGGAACAACAUUCCUUGGUUUUGUAGGUUUAUGGACUGGCCAAAAAGCAAACAAGUUUGCAAUUACUGGAAAUGACAGAGCUCAAUAUCAUUGGUGGAACAUUGCAAUUGCUGUACUUUUAAAGCAUUAUCCUUCUCCAAGCUGGCUGAUUAGAGAUACUCUCGCACAAGCUGCGGACUUCCAAGAAGCUUUGGAGAUGUUGGCGUACACUCCGAUCACUUCAAAUGUGUACUUCAUUUUAAGUGGGGUGAAACCAGAUGAAGGCACCAUUAUUACAAGAAACAUCAAAGGUCCUGCUAACAUCUGGCCUUUGAUGUCUUCCAAAGGAGAGUGGUACAGAGUGCAGACAAACUACGACCACUGGAAAGCUCCACCUCCAUGGGAUGACCGAAGAACACCCACCAUCCAUGCUCUCGAAAAUACAACACAAAAGAACAUCAGUCUCGAUACAAUGUUCAAGAUUCUUUCUACCAGACCCAUGUUAAAUAGGAUCACGGUUUAUACAACAUUGAUGUGCGCUGCAGAGCCCUAUGAAUACAGAACAGUGAUUCGCUCACCACUUCCAAUGGUAGAAUACAUUAUUGGUGAUUUGCAAGAAAUGAUUUACAAGAAUGCUACAAUGACAUAGUUAUCGAUCGUUAUUAUCAGGAUAUGAAGAUACUGGACAUGAACGUAUAGAGACUCGUCACUCUAAUUUGUCAAAACUCUUUCUCAACCAAUGUCGGGUCGACGUACCGGUUCAUUUUAUGAAAUUUGCCCAUUUGAUAAUUGUUGAAAAGGUAUCUGUCUAAAAUAAUAAAGAUGAGUUUAAAAGAAUAUCUUCAAGGCACAGAGGUUGGUGAAGUUACAUGCAUUUCACAUGGAUGCAGUUGGGGUAGGUAAAGUGCUGAAAUCCAAACGGAUAGAAUUUCAGUGUGCAUGAAGGAACUGCAGACACUGGUUUCAACCGAAGAUAGACACAAAAAAACUGGAUCGACUCCUUCUCUCCAGAGAUGCUGCCUGUCCCGCUGAGUUACUCCAGCUUUUUGUGUCUAUCUUCGAUAGAAUUUCAGAACAGCAUGCCUGGAGAGUUCAAGGAUGGUGGAAAGAUAAGAAGAAACAUGGAGGAAGGUUUCUGCAGCAGUUGAGCCUGAGGUUGGGGGCAGAGAAAAGGCUCUUGCAGCUGCAGAUUCAAUUCCAGUAACAAAUAUUAAUUUCCUGAACAAUUUGUAAAUAUGUUUUGAAAUUAGUCUGAAAGAUUAUAGACAAGUUUAAAAAUUGCAGUGUUAUAAUGGGCAGGCAUUAUAUGUAUCAGCAAAAAUGUAUCCCACUGAUGAAAAUCAUGUAAUUAUGUUUUCUUUUCCCUUUCAUAAGUAUGUGCCUGAUUUUAUAUUUUUCUGAUGAUGCUUAAUAAACAUUUUCUCAAGCA